ACCCCAGCUCCCACCAUAACUCAAAAACCUUCCCCUUUCUUCUUCCUAGCUAGGGACAAACCCCCCAAACCCCAAAACCGAAAUAAAGUUUUCACAAUUACCAAACUAGUAGAGCCCCCUCUUUGUCAAUAGCUCAACAUCUAUCAAUCCAAACGGACCCCCAUAGACAUAAUUUCAUUCAAAUCUCUCAUAAAACCGCCAAACCUCCAUAGUUUUUCAAAAUUCAAGAAUCUUCCUUUUCCCCAUCUUUCAAACAGGCAUGGCAAAGCACCAAAACGAAAGUGAUUUGCUCAGUACUUACUUCGCGAACGGGACAGAAGUAGAGAUUAGCAGUGACGAAGACGGUUUUCGAGGCGCGUGGUACGACGGAACGGUCAUGCGACCCAUUUUCAAGAAACAGAGGAAGAAUAACGAAGACGACGAAGGCGGCGACAGUAAGAUUCGGGUGUUGGUGGAGUACAAGACGUUGAUGGCGGAUAAGAAAGGGAAAAAGCCGUUGAAGGAGACAAUGAGUUUAGUUCAGCUGCGGCCAAAGCCACCACCUGAAAGGAGGAGGAAGUUUAAGGUGAGUGAAGAGGUGGAUGCUAAUUACAAUGAUGGGUGGUGGGAAGGUGUGGUGAUGGAGGUGUUGAGUGAUGGGAGGUACUCUGUGUUCUUUAGGGGAACAAGGGAUCAGCUGGAAUUUGAGGAGUCUCAGAUACGGACUCAUCGGGAGUGGGCUAAUGGCGAGUGGAAACCAUCCUUCGAGGAAGGAGGAGAAGAUGAGGAGAAACUUGUAUCUCCUGAAACUAAGCUCAACAACAAAGCUGCAGAAGAAUUUAGUGUAGGGUCAUUAGUCGAAGUCAGCAGUGAUGAAGAAGGUUUUGAGGGUGCUUGGUUUGCUGCAACUGUUGUUAAGCUUUUUGAUAAUGGUAACUAUCUGAUAGAGUAUAAGAACUUAAGAAACAAUGACGAUACAGAGUUCUUGCAAGAAGAAACUGAUCGUUUGCAUGUACGACCACCUCCUCCUGAUAUUGGACCUUUCAAAAGCUUCAAAGUCCUUGAAGAAGUUGAUGCUUUGCACAAUGAUGGGUGGUGGGUGGGUGUAAUUUCUAAAGUACUUAAAGGCCAGAGAUACAAAGUUUACUUUAAGGCGAACAAUGAGGAGUUGGAGUUUAAGCAUGCUGAUAUAAGGCUGCAUCUGGACUGGAUUAACGGCAAAUGGGUCAGAGCUUCCCAGGCAUUGAAGUUGUGAUCUUCGAGAUUGGAAUGUUGGGAGAUCUGCAAUCAGGAUUUGUACUGUAGAUUCUAAAUGGUUUUAUCAUGCCAGGCCCAUCAAGAAUUUGAAAAUGAAACCUGUACUCCUGAAUAGAAACCUAAUUAGGCCUCAACAUUGUUGUGCUAAUUUCAAUUGUGUUGUGUAGUCAGUAGUGUAAGCCAAGCCUAUGAAUAAUUUAAGUAGUCAACUUUAGUCACUAGAGAACUAUGUUCAUGCACUAUCCGCCGGUAAAAGAAAUUUGUACCAUGUUCCUAA